AAUUCACUUGUUUAUAACCUCAACUCGAAAAAAAAACAAUAUUGACAUUUCUUGAUAGACAUAAAUAAUUACAAAACAAUUAAAAGUUGAUAAAGUCGAGUAAUUUUACAAAUUUAAAUAAAAAGGCGGCAAUUUAUUCAUUUGUAAUAUUUUUUACUGGAUUUUGCGUGAUGUGCAGUUCUGCUUAAAAUUAUUAAGUUAUGGACAAAAGAUACGUAAAAAAUACUAAAAAAUUAAUAAAUGAAGUCCAGAAAUUUCCAGAGAUAUACAAUCCGCGAUUAACUAAGUUCAAUACGAAUUCAUUUAGAUCAGACGCCUGGGAACAAGUUUGUCGUGCAAUGGUCCCUUAUUGGGACGAAUUGACCUACAAAGACCAAUUCAUUCACGAAAAAUACUUAAGAAAACGAUGGCGACUUGCGCGUCAAAAAUUUGCGAGAGAAAUUAAUUUACAGGAAAAAUUGGGUGAUCUGUACAACAUAAAGGAAAGAUACAGGCAUUAUGAGGCCUUAUGUUUUUUGAAACCGUUUUUAGACUCGGAGAGUACAUUUUCGACAGUCGUCUACGAAUCAUCGGCCGAUGAUGUCCAAAUAGACGAGGACAUUGAAGACAACAAAUACAAUUUAAUCGCGGGAAAGACUGAUGAAGUAGAAAUCUACGUGCCGACAAACAGCGAAAUGUACUUGCUACCCUCAGACCCUCUGUCCGAGGAAUCGGCGCCCAGUAGAACCAGCAUAAAUCCCGACUCUUCGUUAGACCCCAUAGCGAGCCCGGAUAUUGAGACGAAGGAAGAAAACCUGGACGAAAUGACGACGGAAGAGGACCUGGACAAAACUUUCUUGCUAUCGUUGCUGCCCGCGCUGAGAGAAGUCCCCGAAGAAAAGAAGCUCAGAGUAAAAAUACAGAUACAGCAGAUAUUAUCCGAUGCAUUAAGUUGAAUUUUUUUUAUAUACGUUGAUUAUUAAUAAAGGUUUUA